CCGCAAUCUUACGAUUCUCACCCCGACCCAACCUCCGGUUUCCCGUCCCCGGUCUUAACUCUGACGCCUGCACUACCCCUAAACCCAUCCCGUGCCCGCCGCCGCCGCAGCCUAAUUCCUCCCCCUCCAAACCCCCGUGCACCUCCGCUGCCAUGGACACCGCCGCCUCCGACGGCAGCAGCAGCGAGCAGCGGCGUCUCCUCACCAUCCCCAAGGAAGGCGAGCGCAUCAUCGCGCCGACGCGCCGCCCGGACGGAUCGCUCCGCAAGGAGAUCCGCAUCCGCGCCGGCUACGUCCCGCAGGACGAGGUUGCCAUCUACCAGUCCAAGGGCGCCCUCAUGAGGAAGUCAGGGCCCGACGUGACACCGGGGUACGAUCCUGCGCUCGAUGCCAAGCCCAAGACGAAGGCAGCAAAGCGCAAUGAGCGGCGUAAGGAGAAACGGCACCAGCAGGGUAGUUCAACAAAUGAUAAAGGAAAGAGCUUGGAUAUAGAGGAGGCUGAUGCCCGAGAAACUCACACGGUUCUUUCUUCGACUAAUAAGCAGAGUGAUAUGGUGGACAGUGUAGCAGAGCAGCUAAGUGGGGUUGCUAUUUCUGAAUCUCCUCUUGUAGCAACCCCUUCCACAAAUGCUACUGACAACUUGCAAUCAGAGUCAUCUGCUCCCGAGAUAGAUAAGAAAAUCCGAGCACUGAAGAAAAAGAUACGCUUAGCUGAGGCACAAGUGCAAGGGGAGCCAGAAAAAUUGAAACCUGAUCAACUGGAGAAAACGAAAAAGAUCGAGGGUUGGCGUGAAGAGCUGAAGCUUUUGGAGUCCAGGAGGGUUCAAUCUGCUUCCUAGACAAAGUUGGCCAAAGCUCUGAUGUAAACUCGAACCAUCAGUCCCGUGCGCCUGCUGUGGCGUUAUUGCUGACCCAGAAAAUUCAGUCGACCAUGCUAUUCUUGUCCAGCACCUAUGGGUCUGGAAAAGCAUUCCCGUAGAUGUGGGGUUUGCACAGAAUGGAAGUUUUUUCGCCACAAUUGUCUCAUGUAAGCCCAUCAGUUCCAAAUUUGUAAUGAAGAUCCAUUCGUCAUAUCAUAGAUACAAUGAGAAAACCAAUUUGCCAUGGGGUGGCUGUUGCUUCAGUGUAUCGUGCCGACUUUGGUUAUUCUUCCACGCUGAACUAAUUUACUCUUUUAUCCGCUC